UGUCAGCACGACCACAAUUUCUUUCGUUCCUUUAAAAAGUCCAAACACUUCUCCUGGGACUCUGAACUAAACCAAAGAGAGAUCAACCAAAACAAGCAAACACCAUGGCGAACCAACCAGAAGGUUUCAACUUCGAGCAGAGGCAUGGCAAACAGAGGGUGAGAGUGGGCAGGGUUUGGAAGAACAAAGAGGGUCGCCAUUUCUUUGUGGAGUGGAACGUUAACAUCAGCCUUCUCUCAGAUUGUGUCAAUGCCUAUCUCCAUGAUGACAAUUCAGACAUCGUUGCCACUGAUACCAUGAAAAACACUGUAUAUGUGAAAGCAAAGGAAUGCUCAGAACAAGUUUCGGUGGAGGAAUUUGCAAUUCUACUUGCUAAGCACUUCACUUCAUUUUACCACCAGGUUACUCAUGCCAUUAUAAAUAUAGUGGAAAAGCCAUGGGAGCGUGUGUAUAUAGAUGGUCAACCGCAUGAACAUGGUUUUAAACUUGGAUCUGAGAAGCAUACAACAGAAGUAAUAGUAAAGAAGUCCGGUGUGAUACAGCUGACUUCUGGUGUUGAAGGGUUGGCUUUGCUGAAAACAACUAAGUCAGGUUUUGAGGGGUACAUUAGGGACCAAAACACAGCUCUUCCUGAAACACGGGAGAGGAUGCUGGCAACAGAGGUCACAGCAUCAUGGAGGUAUGCAUAUGAGUCUCUAUCUAGCGUCCCUCAGAAGCAACAAUUCUUUACAGACAGAUACCUCGAUGUGAAAAAGGAUCUGGUGGACACUUUCUAUGGUCCUCCAAAAGAGGGAGUGUAUAGCCCAUCUGUUCAGAAUACUCUUUAUCUAAUGGCAAAAAGUGUACUCAACAGGUUUCCUGACAUAUCAUCCAUCAAAUUAAAGAUGCCAAAUAUCCAUUUCCUUCCUGUUAAUCUAAAAAACAAAGAUAAUCAAACUAUUGUGAAGUUUGCUGAUGAUGUAUAUUUACCAACUGACGAACCACAUGGAUCAAUUCAAGCUAGCUUGAGUCGCUUCUGGUCAAAGAUGUAGAAGUUGCUGCUCCUUUCAGCUUUUCAUUUUCAAAUGAAUAAAUGGAAUUCUCUUUCCUAACAUUGGAGACAUGAGAUGUUUGUUUGAUAAAUAAAAAGUUAUGCCUCUUGAACUGCUAGAUACCUAACUUCAGGCUCAGAUGUUUUGAGUCAAAACAAUCAAUGAACUUCAAGUGUUGCAUAUUAUCUUUUCUUGUAACAAAUCUUCCAUGCUUACACAAAAAACAAAGGUGUACAUUAUUCAGUUCUUGACUUUUGUUUGAUAAAUAAAUAGUCGUACUUUCAGUCA